GCUCCCGGCGCUCCCCGGGGCUUCCGCGCCCGUGGGGCCAGCGCUUGUGCCAGGCGGGAGCUCGCUGUGGGAGAGAAGGGGUCCCAGAAUACUAUGGAUAAGAACUUUCAAGAAGAGAUUACGCAAAUCAUUAAAUUUGAACCUCCUUUGUACAAACAACGCUACCAGUUUGUUAAAGAUUUAGUGGAGAAAUACAAACCUAAGAAGGUGGCAGAUUUAGGAUGUGCUGACUGCCGCCUUCUCUGGAUGUUGAAAUUCUGCAGUUGCAUUGAAGUGUUAGCUGGGCUAGAUAUCUGUGCAAAUGUAAUGAAAGAGAAAAUGCAUACAUUGUCUCCUCUUCCUGUUGAUUAUUUACAACCAUCUGAAAGAUCCCUAACUGUUACCUUGCAUCAUGGUUCAGUUGCCCACAAAGAUCCUUGCAUGCUUGGUUUUGACUUGGUGACAUGUAUUGAACUAAUAGAACACCUGGAAGAAUCAGAGCUGAAGAAAUUUCCUGAAGUGGUGUUUGGUUUCAUGGCUCCAAGCAUAGUUGUGAUCAGCACUCCAAAUUCUGAAUUUAACUCUUUGCUUCCAAGAGUGAUGUUAUACAGGCAUCCAGACCACAAAUUUGAGUGGAGCCAAGCACAGUUUCAAAGCUGGGCUCUAGAGACUGCUAGAUGCUAUGAUUAUUCAGUGGAAUUUACUGGUGUCGGGCACCCACCAACAGGAAUGGAGAAGGUUGGGUUUUGUACCCAAAUAGGUGUGUUUGUUAGAAAAUAUCCUCAAACUGGUGAAUCUCUUCAGGCUGAGAAACCCAUGGAAGCAGUUUACAAAACAGUCUUCAAAGCAGUGUACCCAAGUCUUAAAGAUGAGAAGUACUUGCAGAAUGCAGUGAUCAAUGAAGUUAUUUUCACAGCCCAAAUCAUUAAGCACCGUUUAAUGUCAAAACGUGAGUACAGUGAUGAUCCUGAGAGAAAAUCCAAAUUCCAAGCUUCAAUGGACUCUUUUUCUGACUAUCUCGGAAAACUGGUUAUUGAAAAAAACAUGGAACCAUUUGUCAGUGGCAAUGAGGUUCACAUACCUCUCAAAACAAUAUUUUCUUUUCCCAAAGUGAAUCGACUUUGUGGUACCUUUGAGAAAUUAUGCAAGCUUAUUGCAGGCAAGGUCACACUGAGCAGUGAUGGUUCUGCUGUGAUAUUCAAUAUUGAACAUGAAAAUGAAGAGAAUUAGAUCAGAUUUUUCACACAAAGUUCAGUAGAAGUAAUGAAAGUGGGCUUUUUUUUUUAGAAGCUGUCAAAUGGUAUGUUCUGUAUGCUAACUAGACCACAAAAUCAUUUCUAACCUUCCAUCAGUGGUGUGUAUCUCUCAUCACCUCUCAUUGAGCGUGAGUGCUUCUGACAAAGGUAACAGUAACUCACAGGGGUUUCAAGUAGAGUAUCAGGGACUAAAAGGAAAUAAUGCCUUCCCAAGAAGAAAAUUAAAUAUUUCUGUUGACUUUCUACUGCUUUAUUGUAUCUGUCAUUACUAGAUUAUUUCUGGUAGUCUCUUGUUAGCUUCAAGGAUAGUUUGUUUUGCCAUCUACUGUGUUGUACUGAAUAAUGUGAGUCAGACAUAAGUUUAGGGCAAGUUUUUUCUUAAUUUCUAUAAAAUUUAUAUAUGCCUUUUUCAAGACGAGUACAUACUCAGUCUUGAUGAAAACCAAAUGUUGUUCCAGCUGAAUUAUGAAACUGACAUAUUUGUUAUGGUUUUGAAAAAAAAAUUAAAAAAUGUAAAGAACUGCA